CUUGGUUUUACCAGGUUUCCUGAAGGCGGCACCAACAUAGCAAUGGCGGCAUUAUUCCUUGCGUAGUUACUUCGGUGUGGUUAAGUCUGAGUAAACUACUAUUUUAAUUUGGAAUACCUCACCUCGGACAUGUUUCAUCGACACAUUUUACGGACAUGUUUAUUCCCGAGUAGAAUGGCACGACUCGGUCGUUUACCACCUGUUUCCAGAGCCCAGAGUCCGCUUUGUACCGGAAGUGACGAGGUGCGCCUGGCAGAGGAGGCCAGCAGGAAGUAUGGCCCCCAGGCUCCGACCAUCUUCUCCAAAGUCUUGGACAAAAGCAUCCCGGCAGACAUCAUCUACGAGGACGACAAGUGCUUGGCUUUUAGGGAUAUCAGUCCGCAGGCCCCGGUGCACUUCCUGGUCAUUCCAAGGAUCGCCAUUCCCAGGAUAAGUCAAGCCCACGAUGACGAUGCUGAGCUCUUAGGACAUUUACUGCUGGUGGCCAAGAAUGUUGCCGAGCAACAAUCGCUAACGGAAGGUUACAGAGUGGUCAUCAACGACGGAAAACACGGCGCUCAGUCCGUCCACCACCUCCACGUCCACGUGUUAGGAGGCAGACAGAUGACAUGGCCGCCGGGAUGAAUAACAGCUGUUAUUGUUAACAACUGCGAGUGUGACGUGUCGGACGUGGUGCGAUCCACUGACCUGUGUGCGCUUCAAGGAGGUUACUGCCAGUCACCCGGGAGCCAAACAUGGAACUUUGACCUACAUUUCCUUCCAACAACAAGCGGCUGCAGGUUUGCCUUGUGUCACAUUCGAGUCUUUUGGCCGCGCGUCACGCUGUCGUGUUCACGCCGUGGAAAUCCUACAAACAAAUCAUGCAAUCAGUUCCAGGGUCAAACUGUCACACUAUUGAAACCCUUAUUACCUGCACAUGUGAUGUUUUUUUCGGCCUCGUUACAUCAUUUGCAUAGGAAUGUCUUUGAUGAAUAUAACUGACUGAUGGUAACUUUCUUUGCUUGGUGCAGGAUUAAAUAAUAUUGCAGUCAUUUAGCAUGAAUUAAUUAACUUAAAACAAGUUGAAAACUUAUUCGGGUGUUACCAUUUAGUGGUCAAUUGUACGGAAUAUGUACUGAACUGUGCAAUCUACUAAUUAAAGUUUCAAUCAAUCAA